AUGGAGAAGGGAGGCGAGGCGGGCGGCGGCAGGCCGGAGUACAGCAUCAUCGUGCCCACCUACAACGAGCGCCUCAACGUCGCCCUCAUCGUCUACCUCAUCUUCAAGCACCUCCCGGAGGCCAAGUUCGAAAUCAUUAUUGUGGAUGAUGGAAGCCCCGAUGGAACACAAGACAUUGUAAAGCAGUUGCAGCAAGUAUAUGGUGAAGAUCGUGUUCUUCUGCGAGCUAGACCAAGGAAGCUAGGACUUGGUACUGCAUAUAUGCAUGGAUUAAAGCAUGCCUCAGGGGAGUUCGUUGUUAUAAUGGAUGCAGAUCUAUCUCAUCAUCCAAAGUAUUUGCCAAGCUUCAUCAGCAAUGGUGGUGUCCAUGGUUGGAAUCUUAUGCGUAAGCUGACCAGCAGGGGAGCAAAUGUUCUGGCACAGACGUUACUACGCCCCGGAGCUUCUGAUCUGACUGGGUCGUUUAGGCUAUAUAAGCGAAGUGUUUUGGAGGAUGUCAUCUCCUCCUGCGUCAGCAAGGGCUAUGUAUUCCAAAUGGAGAUGAUUGUCAGGGCUACUAGGAAAGGUUAUCACAUCGAAGAGGUCCCAAUCACUUUCGUCGACAGGGUCUUUGGAAUCUCAAAGCUCGGGGGAUCCGAAAUUGUUGGAUAUUUGAAAGGCCUUGUGUAUCUGUUGCUCACAACUUAG